GCGGCGGCGCAGAGGGGCGCGGCGCGGCAAGAUGGCGGACAAAGAGAAGAAGAAGAAGGAGAGCAUCUUAGACCUGUCCAAGUACAUCGACAAGACGAUCCGGGUGAAGUUUCAGGGGGGCCGCGAAGCCAGUGGAAUCCUGAAAGGGUUCGAUCCGCUCCUCAACCUUGUGCUUGACGGCACCAUUGAGUACAUGAGAGACCCCGAUGACCAGUACAAGCUCACGGAGGACACCCGCCAGCUGGGCCUGGUGGUGUGCAGGGGCACCUCCGUGGUGCUCAUCUGCCCGCAGGACGGCAUGGAGGCCAUCCCCAACCCCUUCAUCCAGCAGCAGGAGGCCUAGCAGGCGGGGACGACGGGACUGGCCGCCCUCGGACUCACAGUGGCCCCUGGAGGAACAGGACUUUCUUUUUUUUGUAUAGGUUACAUUUUUGUUUUCUUAAUAAAACCGCAAACCUCACGUGUCGGGAGCCCCAGAA